AUGGCUUCAAUUGAGAAUUUAGACCUUGAAAGUGGAUGCCGUACUAGUCAAGAAGAUGCAGGCUUGGAGCUUCUUUGGAGCAAGAGAUCGGUAACCAAAUUCUCGAGUAGUGAUUUGGGUGUGUUUUUGAGUUCCAAGGAGUCAAUUAUGUGCAAAUGUGGCAAUCAAUCAUCUAGCAAUUUGGAUAAAUAUAGCCAAGUUAGGAGUGAAAGUGGGGAGGUGAAGGUAGAAAUUAGUUCACAAGAGAAUCGAGGGCAAUUUAACCUUGCAGAGAAAGCAUAUGAUAAUGAGAGGCCCAGGAAUACCAACUCUAGGAAUGCUUUGAAGCCACCGCGACCUCCUAAAGGUCCAUCACUCGAUGCUGCUGAUCAGAAGUUGGUUAGAGAGAUUGUGGAGUUUGCUAGGAGAAAGCGUGCACGAAUUGAACAGAUUAAGGCAGCUAAGAAGACAAAAGCAACCAAGUCAUCAUCUGUGCAAAGUGGCAUAUCUGCCAUGAUCUUCACACUACUGUUCUUCUGUGUCAUAAUAUUUCAAGUUCUGUCAAAUAUCAGGUUUCUCGUUCAGGUCCGGCUGGAAAGGUGAUCAAGAUGUAAGCGGUUGUUCUACUGUCAAGGAAAAUCAUAUUCUGUUCUCCAUUUGCCAAUACCACAUCACAACACGUCUGUUACGCUUAAGUUAACGUGUACAGUAGCUCAGCAACUGGUUGAUGAAUGAUUUUACUGAAGAAGAAGAGGAGAGUCGAUUCAAAAGGUGAAGAACAACAAGGUGGUGACUGUGCAUUCUCAACUGUCCAGAAGAGUACCGAGAAAUAGCUAAAUUCAUAUGUACUUGUUCACAUUCACUCGGUGAGUUGUUUUACAGUUGGCUUCGGGAAUUAAACUCUGCAUGUUGUUAACCUCAGUUGAGAUCUUGCUGAUUAAC